CGCAACAAUGACGUCACGAGAGACCGGCGGUGCAUGACGUCACGAAGCCACUCCGACUCACCACGUUGGUCGGGAAAACCGAUCGACCAUCGGACUUGAAGCAGGAUCAGAUGAAUCAAAUAUACAUUUGACAACAAUAACACCACAACAACAACAGCAGCAGACAUAUAAUGGCUCUGGCUAUUGUUACAAACGCUUUGAACGCGUUAAUCAAGCCCGCCGAGCAAGCUGGCGGGACGCUGCAGCCCAGGGGAAGCGCUGCUGGCAUCUUUCAGGAGCAACCUCGACGCUCUGGGAUGUCUGCUGCAGCAGCCGGACGCGGCCGGGCAGGCCCUGCGGCGACUCCGAGGAGGCGUCUGCGCGAACACGAGCGCCCUCAAGCCACUACUGGGCCCGGCGAUGGACGGCGCCGGCGGGCCAGGGAGGGCGACGCCGCGUUCCGGUUCGGCUCCGAGUGCCUCCUGUUGCUGCUCGCGCUCAAGGCCGCCAUGGCGGAGGCUCGGGCGUCCGCGGAGGCGCGACGCGGGCCGCCCCCGCCCCCCGCGGCGAGGGUCCGGACGGGCGAGGCCGCCCCUCCGCCGCCGCUGCCCGCCGACGCGCUCGGCGUAGGGCAGACGCGCACCGUGCAGGCUGCGCUGCAGUUCGCCGUCACGCUCACCGUGUGCCCGCACCUCUUGCCGCGGGUGAGUCGGGGAAGCCCCUGUUCGUUUUCCGCGUCAGCGAGCCCGCGCGAUUGGUACGUGUGUGUGUGUGUGUUCUCUCUCUCUCUGUGUGUCUCUGUUUGUUUUCAAAAACGGCCCUAUUUUCUCUCUCUCUAAAAUUU